GCCGAACUAAAUUUGGAGUCCAUACACAUUCAAGCGAGAAUUCAGCGCUCACCUACAUGCAGAACGCGAUUCCAACGCAAGCAUUCGAAGGCCUACUACCGGCUCUUGCUAAUGUUGUCUCAGCUAUCGAUAACACGGGACUUUCAUCCUUACAGCACAAGCAGGCCGUCGCUCAUGCCGCGUCAGAGUUUAAAGAACAGAUGAGUAAAGCAAAGGGCUAUGUCGAAAAUCUGUCUGGAGGGGAGAUGCUGCCUGAUGAUCAGGACAAAGUUAUCGCUAUGCUGAAAGCGCUGCGAGAUCAGAAGAAGAACCAACUUCUAAACUUCUCGUUGAUUGGCUCGCAUGGCGAAGACACAAGGAUGACUUCUAAUUCCCAUUAAAUGCACACUCUCCUCCUGAAUGAACCGCGGUCCCAACACCAAGCGCUCCAAGCAACCCGCCGCCGAAACUUUGUGCAUGUGAUUCAUUUGAUACACCUGUUUCAUGUCGCCCCAUUCGACAAUGGCGAUACAUUGAGGCUUAUAUACCUGUGGGCUACAAAGGUUUUCAGCGCUAAUGUAGCCGUCAUACAUUGUGUAUCAUACAUCAAAAUAAACGCAUUAAUGAGACGCCGGACACGAUUUUCCUCAC